GCCUGAGAGGGUAUGUUCCCAUGUAUCAUGAUCAACGGAAUACAGCAAUUUGGUCCAACGGUUGUGUUCCAAUGAAUAAAUCUAGUUGCAAAAACAGUUAUACAGAUGGCUUCUUCAAGUACACAAACAUGAAAUUGCCAGACACCUCUUCAUCAUGGUUUAGUAAGACCAUGAACCUUGAAGAAUGCAGGAAGUCGUGUCUUAAAAACUGUUCUUGUACAGCAUAUGCAAAUUUAGAUAUCCGUGAUGGAGGAAGUGGCUGUCUACUUUGGUUUAAUACUCUAGUUGACAUGAUGAACUUCUCUCAAGAGGGACAAGACUUUUAUAUCAGACUCCCUGCUUCAGAAUUAGAUCAUGGCGGCCACAGAAAAAUCAAGAUAAAGAUAGUAGUAAUCACUGUUGGUGUGACUAUUUUUGGAUUAAUCAGCAUAUGUGCAUGCAUAUUGAUAAAUAAAAAUCCAGGGGUUGCAAGAAAAAUUUACAACAGGCAUUACAAAAAUAUACUGAGGAAGGAAGACAUUGAUUUGCCAACUUUCAGUUUCUCAGUCUUAGCUAAUGCCACUGAAAACUUUUCAACCAAAAACAAACUUGGAGAAGGUGGUUUUGGACCAGUAUACAAGGGCACACUGAUAGAUGGGAAAGAGUUAGCUGUGAAAAGGCUUUCAAAAGAAUCUGGACAAGGGUUGGAAGAGUUCAAAAAUGAAGUGGCAUUGAUUUCCAAACUUCAGCACCGUAAUCUUGUAAAGCUUCUUGGUUGCUGCAUUGAAGGAGAGGAAAAAAUGCUGAUUUAUGAAUACAUGCCCAACCAUAGCUUGGACUACUUUGUUUUUGAUGAAACCAAAAGGAAGUUGCUAGAUUGGCACAAGCGUUUCAACAUUAUUAGUGGUAUUGCUAGAGGACUUCUGUAUCUUCAUCAAGACUCUAUGCUGAGAAUUAUUCAUAGAGAUUUAAAAACAAGCAAUGUUUUACUAGAUACAAAUUUAAAUCCCAAAAUAUCAGAUUUUGGUUUGGCUAGAUUAUUUUUGGGAGAUCAAGUUGAGGCAAAAACAAAUAAGGUGGCUGGAACUUAUGGUUAUAUCCCUCCUGAGUAUGCUGCACGUGGACACUUCUCAAUGAAAUCAGAUGUUUUUAGUUAUGGUGUGAUAGUAUUAGAGAUUGUAAGUGGGAAGAAAAACAGGGAAUUUUCAGACACAGAACACUGCAAUAAUCUCCUUGGACAUGCAUGGAUAUUAUGGACCAAAGAGAGAGCACUGGAACUAUUGGAUGAAUUGUUAGGAGAACAAUGCUUGCCGUCUGAAGUCAUACGAUGCAUACAAGUAGGCCUAUUAUGUGUGCAACAAAGACCAAAAGAUAGACCAGAUAUGUCAUCAGCGGUUUUAAUGUUGAAUGGUGAUAAACUAUUGCCAAAGCCAAAGGUUCCUGGUUUUUACACAGAAACAGAUGUUAAACCUGAAACAAAUUGUUCAUCAGGAAAUCACAAGUUGUUCUCAGUUAAUGAAGUUUCCAUCACAACGUUAGAUGCAAGAUAGGAAAUGGAGGCAAGAAAAUGUUAAGGCUUGGCUUGACCUUCGAAUGUGGGAUGUAUCGGUUAUUUGAACAUGCAUAAUUUGUGAAAGUGAUGUUACGAGCUUCAGCUUUAUGUUUGUUUCAUGCAUCCAAAUACACGUAACCAAAGAGUUCUACAACAGAGACAAAAAUCGUUAAUUGCAAUUUGCAAUAGAACAUGGUUGUGAAGCUUUUCUGGUGCUGGAUAUCAUGAAACAACCUAUAUCCCUCUAAGUUUGUUCAGCACUUCACAAAAAAGCAAAAAACUUAGAACUUUACGUCACAGAAACAGAUGUUAUUUCUAAGUGAUAUAUAUUUUUUAAAGCUAUUUAAAUAAGUUAGAAAUAAAAGUGAUUAUUUUUCUAAAAUUAGUUGAAU